UCUUCUCGCUAAAAACCAAGCUACCCAACUCUCUCUCUCUCUCCAUCACCAUCAGCAUCCAACCGAAACAGUGUAUGAUCUUAUUCCAUUCAUCCAUAUAAUCUCUAUAUUAAAUCACGCAUUCUCUCCUGCACCUUCUUAUUCAUCUCCUUCCAAUCAAAAUCCCAUCCCCACGAAGACGCAAACCUGUGACUCUAUAGCUUAUCGGAAGGUUUCUCACAUCUGUGCUUGAGUCUUUUUUGUACUUCUUUCUUUCUGAGGAUUAUGAGAUAAUGGGCAUCAUCAAAUACUUCAAUCUCCAAAUGAUACCAUGGUGUUUCCACUUAAUGGGAAGCCAUGCGUCUUGCAUGCAACUCAAGCCCGAGUCGGAACAACCCGUGCCGCCGAUAAAGCUCAUCAAAUCUGACGGCCUCGUCAAGGUCUAUCGCCGUCCAAUCCACGUCUCGCAGCUCAUGGUAGAGUUUCCAAAGCACCUGGUGUGCCGGGCCGAUUCGUUUUACAUAGGCCAGAAGAUUCCGGCUCUUUCCGAGGAUGAGCAGCUUCAGCUGGGCCAAAAGUACUUUCUUCUUCCCAAGCAUUUCUUCCAAUCUGUCCUGUCAUUCGUGACCAUAGCCUCAUUCGCCUCCUCUCCGCCCGUACAACCCCCUCUUUCAUCAUCUAAUUCAUUGAUCUCUAAAGACUCGAGGAAUGCGUUUCUAAAGAAAGCAUCCGCUUGUCAACCUUUUGAUAUUGAGAAAACCCCAUCUGGGUUUCUAAGGAUACGCGUCUCGGAUGAGUUCAUAUCGCAAUUAUUAGAAGAAGGGGAGAUCGGAGAGGGGGAAAAUAAUGAGAGUUCAAGUAAAUCUAAGAGUGUAGUAUGUACUACGCCUCAAUUGCAGAAGGAGUACGCGCAGCUUGUUGGAUCCCAUCAAUGGAAGCCGAAGCUUGAAACGAUAAGAGAGACAGAGAAGAGAAAACUCUCUUCAUUUGGGAUAAAGAGAAGGAAGAAAUCUCACUCACCCAAAGGACCUCAAAAGACGCUCAUAUCAGAACACCACCCUUAUGUAACUUGUAGCAAGCAUCCUUCAAAAGCCAAGAUCAAGACUAGAUCAAGAAAAUGAUAUUUGAAGAACGAGCUGGCCUUUUGUUUUCUUCUUUUUCUUUUUCUUUUUUGUUUGGGUCUUUUUUAAGGUUUUUACAUAGAAGCUGAAUAUUCUGUAAACUUGAUUACAAUUGGGUAGAUAUAAAUUAAAUGCUUUUGAUAUGCAA